AUGCCAGCAGCAGCAGCAGCAACAGCAGCAGCAACAGCAACAGCAACAGCAGCAGCAGCAGCAGCAGCAACAGCAGCAGCAGCAGCAGCAGAAGACCUGCUGGAAGAAUGGGAAGAUGCUGUGCGUGGGGGAGAUGUAAGCGGUUACCUGAAUGUCCUAGAAAAGAUUAAACAGCUGCAGCAGCAACUGCAGCAGCAGCAGCAGCAGGUGCUGCUGCUGCCUGACGAUGUGAACUUCAAGGACGAGAGAGGCAACACGGCGCUGCACUACGCAGCAGCAAACGGUCACCUGCAACUCGUGCAGUUGCUGCUGCAGCGCGGGGCUCGCCUGGAGCGCAACAGCAGCGGCAACACCGCUUUGCAUUGGUUAGUUUUAAACAAGCAACGAGGCGUGCUGCAGCUGCUGCUGCAAGAAGAAGACAGACAACGCAGCUGCUGCUCUGUACACAAACGCCACAGCCAAAAGCCUUCGGAAGCAGCAGCAGCAGCUGCUGCAGCAGCAGACAAAAGCGCAGCAACAAAUGCAACAAUAGCAGCAGGCAGGGCGGCAGCAGGGGACGUGGCCGCUACGUCAGCAUCAACAGCAGAAGAGGGAGCCGCAGCAGCAGCAGCAGCAGCAGCAACAGCUGCAGGAGCAACAGCAGCAGCAUGCAGCUGCGUGCUGCGGAUUGACGUGCUGCAGCAAAACGACUUCGGGCGCUCUGCACUGUCUGAGGGAUUUGCUGCAGCAGAUGCGGAAAUGCUGCAGCUGCUGCUGGAGCAUCACUCUGCCGAAGAGCUGGAGAAGCAACCUCUUGUAUCAAAAGAACCAGAAGCAGCAGCAGCAGCAGCAACAGCAACAGCAACAGGAGCAGCAGCAAGCGGGGCAGGACCCCAGAUGCGCCAGAAACAGCAGCAGCAGCACAAACAGAAACAGCAGCCGCAGCAGCAGCAGGCAGCGUCGUCAGCGGUUCGGAGCAGCACAACUCAUUUGCUGCAAUUCGAGCAGCAAAUAGUCAAAUGCAGAGAAAUUGCGUUGGAUUGGGAAGGCGAAGUCUUCUCCACCCACCAACAAGCCAGCACAGACGACACCACUGGUGUGGCUCUCUGGGGUUCUGCGGUUGUCGGUGCGCGUUGGCUGCACGACGUAGCAAAGCAGUCUCCAGAAGUGUUUGCAGGGAAGACAGUCUUAGAGUUGGGGGCUGGCUGCGGUCUCCUCGGGCUCUGCUGCUCUUUGCUGCAGCAUUCGCCUGUCUCUGUUGUUUUAUCAGACGUCUUUCCACACACUCUCAACAACUUAGUGCAUAACUGCACCAUUAAUAAUAUCACUCUCAAGCAGCAGCAGCAGCAGCAGCAGCAGCAGCAGCAGAGAGCGGAGGUUGAGGUGGUGCGUCUCGAUUGCUGUGACCCGAAGACUUUUCCUACUGAUGAACAGGGUAGCAUACGUCGCUUUGACGUGAUUGUAGGUAGCGAUUUGCUGUAUGAUGUCUCCGCUUUAAAGAACCUGGUAAUGUCUAUCUGCUGCCUCCUCAAACCAAAGACAGGCCGACUCUACUACACGCACAAACUCUCUAGAGAUGGAGCCCCACUCCUAGCAGAUGCCCUGCGGCAGGCAGGGCUCAAGGUUGAGGAGUUGGGGGCCCCAGAUGAAUAUCUCAGCAACUGUCUGCUAGACAAGAGCAACUCAGAGUUUUAUGCGGUCUUCAAUGAGCUCGAAGGAGAAAAUGAUUUUGUCCUCCUGCGAGCAGCCUGGCGAUAA